CACGCUGCGUGCACUAUACAAGGCCUGCGAUCGAGUGGCACAAAAGUUGUUGCAUUGUGCUAAUAUCCUCGUUUCUUACUAUCUAGCUAUCUCCCAAGUACUCCACCAUAGGUCUCGCCCACCACAGUUACCCCAUCAACAAACACGGUAAACAAAGCCUUCUAUCAACCACACUACUAUACAGCGAGCAUGUCUCAACCAAAGAGUUCAUCAAAAUCAAAGUCGUCCAAGGGCGAUUCCUCCAAGGUGCACAAACUCGCGCUAAAAGGCUCAUCGAAGGUUGUCAAUGAGUUUUUCGAGUACUCGAUAAAUACUAUUCUAUUCCAGCGAGGUGUAUACCCAGCUGAAGACUUUACCGCAGUCAAGAAGUAUGGGCUGACUAUGAUGGUCACGGCCGACGAUCAGGUCAAGGCAUACAUCAAGAAGAUCAUGUCUCAACUGAAGGAGUGGAUGUACGGCGGCAAGAUCUCAAAACUAGUCGUCGUCGUCACCAGCAAGGAAACUGGCGAGCACGUGGAGCGAUGGCAAUUCGACGUCCAAAUCUUCGGGAAGAGUUCGAAAACAAAGACGUCGAAAAAGACAACAGACCAAGAAAACACCGCCCCAGAAGCAAACGAGACACCAGAAGAGAAGACCGAAGCAGAAAUCCAAGCUGAGAUCCAGUCCAUUUUCCGCCAAAUCACAGCAUCCGUUACUUUCCUACCCAUGUUAGACGGCAACUGUACGUUCAACGUGCUGGUCUAUGCAGAUGCCGACUCCGAUGUGCCGCUUGAAUGGGGUGACAGUGAUGCCAAAGAAAUCAAGAACGGCGAGAAGGUCCAGCUGAGGAGCUUCAGCACAAGUAAUCACCGCGUCGACACGUUAGUGAGCUACAGGCUUGCUGAUUGAUUUGACCUACUUUCAACGAUACGACCAUUUACUUGCUUUGUCUUCUUUGAAUUUCUCGCAUCUGGUGUAGACUGGACAAGGCGUAUGGAGUCCACUCAAGUAGCAAUGGACUACCAAUUCAAAACAUUCUCCAUAUGUCUACGCAGUACCCUAGUACAAAUGUGUUAUCGGUUCGCUUAGCUGCAGAAAGUGAAUUGUGUCUAAACGGGGUUCGCUUGUUGAUGACGUGCAAUGGGUAGUGUAGAAGCGAUGUUGGUAGGGACAAGCUCACCGACUAUACUUUUGAUGGCUGGGAAUUCAGAGGCACAAUAGCAUGCUAUUCUUAGUAUGAGUUCAAAAUUAGACUUUGCAAGGUACCGAGGCUUUCUGCAAAACGUUGAAAUUGUCUCAGGUGCGCCGUUAAGGAUGUG